UAAAAAAUUAACACACCUCUUGUCGGGACACGCAUUAUAUGUAUUAACGUUAAAUACACAAAAUAUUUGUUUACAUUCGAUUGUGUGUGUAAAUAUAGGUACAGUUAAGGCAUUACUCGAGAAGAUAAAAAUUUUGACCCGUUUUACACUGAAUUUCACCUGUCGGAAAUGAAUUUAUGAUAAAAGUUUCAUCAGAAUGGUUGCAGAUAUUUUAGGGGCUGUGCCAUCAAUCAGCAAGCUUAAGGGAAACACAAGCGAUGAUUGGAUCGAUCGGAUUAGUCAUUUAUAUACUGUGUUGAUAUUAGUUGUUUUUGCCAUUGUCGUUUCGACUGGGACGUUUGUUGGUGAUCCGAUACAAUGUUGGUGUCCGGCAGAGUUCACGGAUGCGUACGAAGAAUAUACAAAAAGUAUGUGCUGGAUCAGCAACACGUAUUACGUCCCAAUGGGAGAUACUAUUCCGGUCGAUUUGAAAACGAGGCAGGAUAAAGAAUUAACUUACUACCAGUGGGUUCCUUUAAUCUUGUUGUUUCAAGCCUUGUUGUUCAAGUUGCCUAAUUUGAUCUGGAAGAUGUUUCAUAGUGCAGCUGGAAUAAGCCUUGACCGAGUUAUUGAUUUCGCACAAGAAACACAAUGUAGUUCUCCUGAAGAUCGCGAAGACGCAAUCGGAAACCUUUCAAAUUACAUAGACAAAUGGCUAUGGACUUACCAAGAAUACAAACAUAAUAAGUUUGUCAAAUUUAGAGCGACUGCUUCUAAAUAUUUCUGUUUAAUGUGCAACAAGCGAGGAGGGACAUUUCUAACAGGUCUUUUUAUUUGCGUUAAGUUCAUGUAUUUAAUCAAUAUCAUCGGGCAGUUUUUUAUUUUAAAUGCCUUCAUGGGAAGUGAUUACAACUUCUAUGGCUUCGAAGUUAUAAGUGCUAUUGCUAAUGGCGAAGACUUCCGGGAAUCUGCACGCUUUCCCAGGGUUACUUUGUGCGACUUCCGUAUCCGGCAACUGAACAACUUGCAGACCUGGACAGUACAGUGCGUUUUGCCUAUAAAUCUAUUCAACGAGAAAAUCUUCAUUUUUGUUUGGUUUUGGCUAGUAUUUGUGGCUUUUCUGGCUUCAUACAGCGUUAUUAAAUGGAUUGCUUUCCACAUUAUGCAUAACAACAAAGUCCACUAUAUCAAGAAAUAUUUGAAAUCGCAAAAUCAGAUUCAUACAUCUUUUGACAAAAAAUUGUGUGUUCAAUUUGCACGACAUUAUUUACGAAAUGAUGGAAUCUUUUUAAUGUACAUGAUUUCUAAAAAUAGCACAAGUAUUGUAGUGACAGACUUGAUUGCUGAACUCUGGAAAAAAUUCAAAGAGCGACACCAACAAGCAAACAACAUUGAUGAAAAUGACCACUUGGGUAACCACAGAGACGAUUCAACCCUAAAAAUGGGCGAAAAAGUUGAUUAAGGCAACAAAAUCGAAAAUCGCCAAAUUAAGCCGUAAAUGUCUCAGAUAAAGUCACGUGUCAAUACAAGCACUCGGUGAUGUCAGUAUGUCAGUGCCAGUAGCGAAAAGUAGAAAUAGAUGGGCAUUGAAAUGAAGCAAUAGAUUUACGCAUGUGUAAAAUAUUUUAUUUUCAUUUAAUGGUGCUAUGAUGUAUUCAUGUUAAUUAGCAAUGCAUUAUGUUAACUUUUUAUCCACAUUUAUCAUUUGUAUUUUAUAAGAAGCAGGUAACUUGUAUCACAUGCAGUUUUGACAUUAACAUUACUAAAUGACAUGAAGACAUAAGUAUGUAUGUAUGAUAAAACUGUGUUUUUUAAUCUAAUGUCUAUCGCUAGUCUUCCAUUUUGAAGUGCAUCGAGUGUAUGUUGUAAAGCAACCAUUUUAACUUUAUAUUUAUUUAUUUUUUUCGAUGAAGCAUGAACAACGAACACCACUUUUAUCAUUUUGAACAACAGAUGAUUUUUUUCGAUAAUAUUUAGUAGUUUAUUUACUUUUUGGUUAGAUAUCCUGAAUGUAGGGAAUAAAUAUCCCAAAUGUAUGGAAGAGAUAUCCCGAAUGUAGGGAAGAGAUAUCCCGAAUGUAGGAAAGAUUCUUUACCUUCCUGUACAUAGAAAUGUGAUUAUAUAUAUAUUUAUAGUAUAUGGUAUUUUUUCCAUGCAUAUCAUUUUUGUACAUUGAAAGACCCGAUAAUAAAUGUAAAAUUGUUAAUAAGAUAAUAAAAUUUUGAAUAUUUUA